GAAAAUCUUUAACCAGGCCCAUUGAUCAUUAACGGCAACGGAGGGCCCCCCCGCCAACCCCCGGGGCAGAGACCAGCCGAGCCUCGGCCUCUCCCCAACGGAAAGAUGUUGGCCCCCGGAGCCUGGUCCGCUGUGAGGCUGGGGGCGCGGGGGCUCGGCGGGGGUGCCCCCCGGGGAGCGGUGGGCCGGGCGGCAGUCGGGGGGAAGAAGCUGGACAUCGCGGGCAUCUACCCCCCGGUGACCACUCCGUUCAAGGCCACCGCCGAGGUGGACUACGGCCGGCUGGAAGAAAACCUACACAAGCUGAGCACCGUCCCUUUCCGAGGCUUUGUGGUCCAGGGUUCCAACGGGGAGUUCCCUUUCCUGACGAGCAGCGAGAGGCUGGAGGUGGUGAGCCGGGUGCGCCGGGCGAUGCCCCGGGACAAGCUUCUGCUGGCCGGCUCCGGCUGCGAGUCCACUCAAGCCACCGUGGAGAUGACGGUCAGCAUGGCCCAGGAGGGGGCCGACGCUGCCCUGGUUGUGACCCCGUGCUACUAUCGCGGCAGGAUGACCAGCGCAGCCCUGAUUCACCACUACACCAAGGUGGCCGACCUGUCUCCAAUCCCCGUGGUGCUGUACAGCGUCCCCGCCAAUACGGGGUUGGAUCUGCCUGUCGAUGCCGUGGCCACCCUGUCCCAGCACCCCAACAUCGUGGGGCUCAAGGACAGCGGAGGGGACGUGACCCGGCUUGCCUUGAUCAUCCACAAAACCAAGAAACAGGAUUUCCAGGUGCUGUCGGGAUCGGCGGGCUUCCUGCUGGCUGGCUAUGCCAUAGGAGCUGUGGGAGGCAUCUGUGCCCUGGCCAAUGCCUUGGGGGCCCAGGUGUGCCAGCUGGAGCGGCUCUGCCUGACGGAGCAGUGGGAGGCCGCCCGGGAGCUGCAGUACCGUCUCAUCGAGCCCAACAUGGCGGUGACCCGACGCUUUGGGAUCCCAGGGCUGAAGAAGGCCAUGGACUGGCUCGGCCUGUACGGGGGCCCCUGCCGGGCCCCGCUGGCCCCGCUGAGCCCCGUUGAGGAGGACCAGCUGCGCCGAGACUUCAGUAGCCAGGGCUGGCUGUGAGGGGCCGGCGGAGAGGGAGUCGGGCCAGGUCUGGAGGUCGGCCUCUGCCUUCUGCCCCUCCGAGGCCCUGGGUCGGGGCUCUGGGGUGACACGGUUCUGGACCCCUCUCUAGCCACUUCCUUUCCUUUCGUGGUACCCCAGGCUCUGAGUCACCUCCAGGGGUAAAACAGCUCAGAUCUGCCCCUUGAGGUGAGGGAUUCUGAUUUGGGCCCUGUCCUUCUUUGCUCCUCUUAUAGCUGCUUUGGGGAGGGAGCCCGAGGUCCCGAUGCCGGGGCCCAGCCUCGCCCGGCCCCCUUCCAGUGCAUCCCCGGACCAUUUCUGAGGGGUGAGGAAGGAAUGGGCUGGGGUCCCCCCGGUCCACCCUCCCCCAAGGGCAGGCUCCAGACCCGGUGAAAGUGCAGUGCACUCAGUCUCUUCCCUGGCCUCUCACCGGCCCUUUCCGCUGCUGUGGCUUUCCCUGCUGCCGCUCUUCCACCGCUGCAGGGACAGGGUAGCCCAGUGGCCGCAGUAACUGGGGGCAGCGGCGAGGGCUCGGGAGCCAGGCUGCACCGGAUUUAGGUUUGCUGUCCCCAAACCACCCCAGCCCAGCCGUCUCCCUUACACCCACCCUUCAGUGCCCUCCUCGGGGCUUCUCUGUAAACCCUGGACCCAGAGGCCGCCCCCUCUUCUGGCACUGCUUCUGGGUGCAUCCUGGGGUAGUGGAGCAAGGACAGAGAGCCCUUUUUGAACCCCCUCCCUCUUCUCGGCCCCAGACGGCCAUCCGGCCUCCUCACCCCUCGUUAUUACUCCUUUCUCCUCCACAUCCUGUAGAUCAGGGAUGUAACCCAGACCCCGGACUCUCCGUGGAGACCCCUAUCCAGGGAACACCUCCUCUCCUGGGGUCUCCCUUUCCCAGGCUCAUUCCCAUCACUCCCUUGGGUGCCAACCGGAGGAAAAUGAUUCUCCCUUGCCAGCUGCCGGGCAGACGAUCCACUUGGGACCCCAGGACCCGACCCAGGUCCUGGAAUCUGCUUUGCUGAAAGGGAGGAUUGAUCCCUAGCUGAGCCUGGCCUUGCCCUGCCUCAUUAUUUGGUCAAGAAUCUUUGCUCACUGCCCUCUGCUUUCUGUCUGCAAAGUCAUCCCAGUGGAACGACAAUAAAGUUUAUAUUAUCAUCAA